AGAGACAGAGCAUCAUAUUAUGUAGCAGAUUUGGAUACCAAUAAUGGAGAAGAAGAUGGUAAAAUCUCAUAGGAAGGGUUAAUUCAAAAAAAUACUCAAAAUCCACUCUGCAUAAUGAUAUUAUUCCUCCUUUGAAUUAUCUUUUCUCUAGAUGUCUGUCUGAAAUUUGUCAGUUUCUGUUUUGUUCUUUUAGUAGUUUUUAUAUAAUUGGAGAGGGGUUCCUCCAUCCCACUCCAGCUACUAUCACAUCUGUCCAUCCCCUCUGUAUUAUUUUAUAGAUUCUCACUUAAAAAUCACUUCUUUAUUCAAUUUUACUUUCAAUUUCAUUAUUGUGUGGAUUUCACCACCACCACAACCAGAUCUGCAGUCUCCUCUGUCUAUUAUGUGUUGUUGUCUAUUUCCCACAGAGUAUGUAGGUCUCUAGAAAAAAGAUAAGGUUACUGGGUCAUUUCAUUAGCAGCUAUGUUCUUCAUCAUCUUCAAGAUUUUGUUGCUUUUCCUGCAUCUGGGCUUCAAUUCUGCAGAAGGAUUAGAAGGUGUUGAUUUCAUCUACAAUGGGUUUAAAGAAGCUAAAGAUUUGGUACUUGAUGGAAUGGCUGAUAUUACAUCUGGUGGGCUGUUGAGGUUAACUCAUAUUGACACCAAGUAUGGAGUUGGCCAUGCUUUCUACUCCAAUCCAGUUCAAUUCAAGACCAAUUCAUCGGUGGCGGCGGCGGUGGAUAGAGGUAACAUUAGUACUCCACUUUCGUUUUCGACUACUUUCAUUUUUGCAAUUGUGUCUGAGAGUGAAAUUAAUGGGCAAGGGAUGGCUUUUGUGAUUGCACCCACUAGAGGGUUGCCAGGGGGUUUGGCAAAUCAGUACUUAGGGAUUUUUAAUGAUACCAAUAACGGGAACCCGAAAAACCAUAUUCUUGCAAUUGAGAUUGAUACUAAUAGGAACGUUGAGUAUGAUGUUGAUAAUAACCAUAUUGGGAUUGAUGUUAAUGGAUUGAAGUCUGUUAAGGCGAAAUUCGCCAAGUAUUAUACUGAUUUGAAUGGUGGGUAUAAGAAUUUGAGUCUUUCGAGUGGCGAACCUAUGCAAAUGUGGAUAGAUUAUGAUGGGGUUAAGAAGCAAAUCAAUGUCUCAAUUGUUCCAAUUCAUUUAGCCAAACCGGAUGUCCCGUUGAUGUCGUUGUCACUUGAUCUUUCGAGUGUUCUUUUAGACAAUAUGUAUGUUGGAUUCUCUUCGUCUACUCAGACUGUGAAGACGUUUCAUUACAUACAUGGAUGGAGUUUUAAGGUGAAUGGGACAGCUCAAGAGCUUCAUGUUCCGAGUCUGCCUGACCAUCCUAGGACUUUUAAGAAACCGGAGAAAAUUGCUUUGUCUGUGCUCAUCCCAAUUGUUGUGCUGACCUUAAUUGCUGCUGCUGUCAUUAUCUAUGUUUGGAAGAAGAAAUAUGCUGAGUUGAUUGAGGAUUGGGAAGACAUUUACGGGACUCAUAGAUUUGCAUAUAAAGAUCUUUACAGGGCUACAAAUGGGUUUGGAGAAAAAGAUGUUAUAGGAAAUGGUGCAUUCGGCAAAGUCUACCGAGGUGUGUUGCCCUCUACUAAAAUUCAAGUUGCUAUCAAGAAAGUCUCUCAUGAUUCGACACGGGGAAUGCAGCAAUUCAUUGCAGAGAUUGUUAGUAUUGGCAAGCUUCGCCAUCGGAAUUUAGUACAGCUGUAUGGUUAUUGCAGGCGUAAAGGAGAGCUGCUGUUAGUCUAUGAUUACAUGCCUAAUGGAAGUUUAGACAAUUUCCUGUUUCGGCGCCGCUCACAGAAUGGAUCAACGACAGUGAGGACAAUGCUGGAUUGGAGUCGAAGGUUUCAGAUCAUCAAAGGUGUGGCUUCUGGGCUAGUUUAUCUACACGAAGAAUGGGAAAAGGUUGUGAUUCACAGGGAUAUCAAGUCGAGUAAUGUUUUGUUAGAUAAUGAAAUGAAUCCAAGAUUAGGUGAUUUUGGUCUUGCAAUGCUGUUUGAUCAUGGAACCUGUGAUGCUCCAACUUCUAGAGUUGUCGGUACGCCAGGUUAUCUUGCGCCAGAGAUGACUAAAAGCGGAAUGGCGUCAACUAGCACUGAUGUUUAUGCUUUUGGGGUUUUCUUGCUUGAAGUUUGUACUGGGAAGAGACCAGUAGAGCUGAACACAGCCAUAACAGGCGAGGGUUUGAUUUAUCUUGUUGACUGGGCUUUGUCAAAUUGGAGGAAAGGCACAAUGCUUGACACAGCUGAUCGAAAUUUAGGAAAUGAUUAUGUGGUAGAGCAGAUGGAAUUGGCUCUGAGACUUGGGUUGCUCUGUACUCAUACGGAUCCUGAGCAUAGACCAAGUAUGAGACGAGUUAUGCAGUACCUUAGUGGUGAUCUUACUCUGCAUCCGUCAGAUUUGUCUGCUCUAGAUUCUAGCGAUACGCUGAAUCAAGCAUUCACGCGGCGCGAUUGUCCUGAAGAUCAUCGCCUUUUUUCUACUGGAAACACCAAGUCUAUACCAUCAUCAACGCCAACUCAGUCGAUACCAUCAAGUCCUGUUUGAAUUCGUCGUUAAAUAGAGGUAGUCACGUUUCGUGUUUGUAAUCUAUUUAGUGUAUUAUAAUACAGUUUUCAAACUUUGAUGUUGAGUUAAUAUAUAUGAUUCUGAAUUUUCCAACA